GUCAGAAGUGGCAUUUCUCAGUGCACUCACAGGAUACACACACGAGCUUCUGAUCGAGGACAGCAGUGGAAAUGAAGGGGUAUUUGGGCUUUUUUCUGCUGAUCGCUGCCCUCACGGCCUACAUGUGGAGAGAUACGUUUGAUCCAGAGUCUGUUCGGGGGGCCCGAGUGCUGAUCACAGGGGCCAGUUCAGGGAUUGGGGAGCAGAUGGCCUACCAUUAUGCAAAGUUUGGAGCUCAGAUUGUCAUCACUGCCAGACGAGAAAAUGCUUUAAAAACGGUGGUGCAGAAGUGUGUGAAACUGGGCGCUCAGAAGGCGAUGUAUGUGACUGGAGACAUGUCUGUCCACGACGACCCUGAGAGAGUCUUCAAAUACGCUGUGGAAAAACUGGGGGGGCUGGACUUUCUAGUGCUGAAUCAUGUUGGAGAAGUCAAUAUUGAACUCUGGAAUGGAGACGCAGAUUUUGUCAGGUCACUCAUGCAGGUGAAUUUUGUGAGUUUUUUGCAAAUGGCCGCAGCAGGUCUUCCUGUUCUGGAAACGUCUGGUGGAUCCAUCAUUGUAGUGUCUUCUUUGGCAGGUAAGCUGGCGAGUCCAUUUGUGGCUCCAUAUGCCUCGACCAAGUUUGCUUUGAACGGAUUCUUCGGAGCGCUGCAGAAUGAACUGGCAAUCAAGAAGAGCAACGUUUCCAUUUCCAUCUUGAUAAUCGGACUGGUAGACACAGAAGCAGCAAUGAAUAAGAUCAGAGGAUUCAGCACGAUGACCGCCUAUCCUGCCAGUGAAGCUGCUCUGAACAUCAUCAAAGCCGGGGCGACCCGUCAGAAAGAGGCCUACUACCCCUGGUUCCACUACUUCACCUGCCUGAUCAAUAACAUCUUCCCCUUCGGGAAGGAUAUUCUGCUGUCAAGCCUAGAAUAAGGACUAAAUCAUCUGCAUAGUUCAGACAUUAAAGCAACUGUAUGUAAGGUUUUUACCUUGAAAUAUCAAAAUCAUUCCAAACGUC